AUGUAUACAACUCCUCCUUUCUCGCAUAAUUAUUCAAAUCCAGUGCUUAUGAAGGAUGAUGUUGGAAAACCAAAACCCUCAACAUACAAUUUGCCAAAAUAAGAUUAUAUCUAUGGCCUUCCUCUUAUCAGAGACAAAGAAGGUGCCAAAGAAGGUAAUUAUUUACUUAUCUAAUUUAUUUCAGUAACAAUGACUUGGAAAUUUCAUCAAGAAUCUUAGGAUAGAAUUCCAAAUAGAGAUUUUGCUGAACUUAAUAAGAUGUCUGUUUUCAAUGGAUCUCUUACUGCACAUGUAACUUAAUUUGAUAUUCCUUCUAGGAUAUGUAUAAAUUCAGAUAAACUCAUGAUGCUCGAUUACAAGUUAAAAAAGGCACUAACAUUUAAGCUAUUGAAUUACCAGAAGAGGAGUUUAGAUACGGAAGAAAAAACAGGUUUAUAUUAUUAUCUAAAUAUAUUCCUUAGACCAUCCACUCCUAUGAAAUUAGUAAUGGGUAAUUCUUAUGGAAUAGAAGCAGCAUCGAUUACUUUAGACAAAUAUUACAAAAGAGCUGGCUCAUAAGUAUCACUUUUCAUCUUAUAUCAUAUAGGAAUCCAAAAUGACGAAUACAAUUGUUAGACCAAAUAAGGCAUCAUAAUUAUUUCAUGAUAGUAAUCAUAAAAAACUUGCAGUGAUUAAAGGAGCUGAAAAAAAAGAACCAUUUAAAAUGGAAAAAUUUAAGACAGUCGCAGCUAGAACAGAUACAAACCUUUUAGCAAAGAAAGAGUGAUU